AUGGAGCGGCAGCAGGCGCUGCUGCUAGCUGGCUUCUUUCUGCCUGGGUUCCUGCUCUCUGAGGCCGCCAAAAUUCUGACUGCAUUUGCACUAGGUGCUUCCCAUUCUACGUUGUUUGAAUCAGAAUUUAAAUCUAGUGCUGAGCGAGAAACCAUGAGCUGCCCACUCCAGGGCAUGGCAGGGACUUUCAGAGGCACAUCCUUAAAAUGUCAGGGUGUGCAGCAGUUGCUAGUAGAAAAUGGAAAGAAGUCCAGGCCCUCCUACUUCUCUGCCAUCAUAACUCCCCUCUCCUUGCACCCAUUUCUUGCACAGGUUAAAGGUGGAAGCCAUUAUUUACUACUGGACCGUGUAUCCGAGAUUCUUCAAGAUCAUGGUCAUAAUGUCACUAUGCUUUCUUAUGGAGAAGAAUUUUUAAUCCCAGAUAUUGAAAAGGGGGAAGCAUCAUAUGAAGUUAUCAGUUGGCUUCCACCUGAAGAUCAUAAAAAAGAAUUCAAGAAAUGUUUUGAGUUCUUUGUAACAGAAGCUUUGCAUGGCAGAGAAACAUUUGACAACUUUGUAAAGUUACUAGAACAACUGGGAAUUCGAUGCAGUGAUUUGCUAAGAAGAAGUGAUAUCAUGGAUUUCUUAAAAAAUGAGAACUUUGACUUGGUAUUUGUUGAAGCAUUUGACUUCUGUUCUCUCCUGGUUGCAGAGAAGCUUGGGAAGCCAUUUGUGUCAAUUCUUCCCACCCAGUUUGGAAGUGUGGACCAUGGGCUACCAAGUCCUGUGUCUUAUGUUCCAGUAUUCCGUUCCUUGCUAACUGAUCACAUGGACUUCGUGGGCAGAGUGAAGAAUUUUCUGAUGUUCUUUGAUUUCUUCAUGAAGAAAUGGCAAAUCCAGUCUGCGUUUGACAACGCCAUCAAGGAACAUUUUCCAGAAGACUCUAGGCCGGUUUUGUCUCAUCUUCUGAAGAAAGCAGAGCUGUGGUUUGUUAACUCUGACUUUGCCCUUGAAUUUGCUAGGCCCCUGCUUCCCAACACUGUGUAUGUUGGAGGCUUAUUGGCCAGACCUGUUAAACUAGUACCACAAGAAUUUGAGAAUUUCAUCAGCAAGUUUGGAGACUCUGGUUUUGUCCUAGUGGCCCUGGGCUCCAUGGUGAGCACCUAUCAGUCCCAGGAAGUUCUCAUGGAGAUGAACAGUGCCUUUGCUCAUCUCUCUCAAGGGGUAAUAUGGAAGUGUAAGCCUUCUCACUGGCCCAAAGAUGUGAAAUUGGCAGGAAAUGUGAAAAUCGUGGACUGGCUUCCUCAGAAUGACCUCUUAGGAUCAGUAACUACCCCAUCCCCAUUUCUUUCUGUUUUAAUUUAUUGUGCAUCCCUCACACUAGAAAGUAGAGAGUACAAGUCAGCAGCGGUGGCCGCCAGCAUCAUCAGGCGCUCCCACCCCCUGACCCCUGCCCAGAGGCUGGUGGGCUGGAUCGACCACAUCCUCCAGACAGGGGGUGCAGCGCACCUCAAGGCCCAUGCCCUGCAGCAGCCGUGGCAUGAGCAGUACCUGCUGGAUGUCAUCUUGUUCCUGCUGGUGGUCACCCUGGGCACCCUGUGGCUCUGUGGGAAGCUGCUGGGCAUGGUUGUCAGGUGGCUGUGUGGGGCCAGGAAGCUGAAGAAGACCUGAUUUGGAUAUAGUGUAGACAGUGUCUCACGGCUCAAUGGUUCUACAAUAAACACAGGACACUCCUAGUGUCUUCUCCAUAUUGGCACUUGAGGGUGAAACACAAA